GCUUGUAGGUUGUAGGUGAGCACAGGCAGGAACGAAGAUCUAUGUAAUAGGCGUUGCUUCCUUGGGUCCACGAAGAGCAACCACAAUUACUGUGCCCCACGCGCCAAAAAUCCAGCACCGGAGGUCACGGUAAGGUGUACACGGGCGGGACUCUUUUUCACGUUCAAAGCUGCAAAUAAUCUUGAAAAAGAAAGGCCAGACGCCUUCUGGAAGCAUAAGAGAAAAGCCGAAGAGGACUUAGGUGGAGUUCUACGAAGAAAGACAAAAAAGAGGAGACACGCUACGUUGCCUUCUGUUAGCCUUUUCCAAAACGAAGAAAGUCAGAAGCGUAUUUUCGUUUUGGUUAAAGAAAACCGCGCCAUUGAAUCAUUAAAGUUUUCAACGUAGUGUUUGAUCUUCACUCCGCGACAUCAAACGUGUAAGUUGACCCAGCAGCUACUCGUAGGUCAUGUUCGGAGCAUCAUCCUCGCCUCCCAAGAUGGAGCUGAAGCACAGCUACGUCGCGGCUGUCGCUGGAGUCGCUACCGAAGCAAAUGGAAACCGCCGCCCUCUCAGCCGCGCCACGGUCGUCGUGGGCGCGACUCUCGCUGUCGGUGUGUCCAUUCUCGUCGGAGGCCGUCUCCUUUACACAGCCGCGCAUCGCACGGACGAGGACGAGAAGGGCGGAGUCACAUCAGCAGCCGCAACGGAGGCGAUACCAUCGUGGUGGCAGCGGGCGUGGUCAAAUCUGCGUCUCCACCGGUUUGCAGAGGACGACGACGACGCGUUCGCCGGCGGCACCGGGACGGCUAAUUUGUUUGAUGCGGCGAAGACAAAGGCGCGGCAGCUUUCGAAGGACAAGUCGAAAAUGGGUGUUCGUCUGGGUGCCGCCUCGCCGCCAAGUACGUCAGUGAAACCGGGCAGCCUUCCCAUGGCAAAACCCGACGGGUCGGCCGACAUUGGGUACCCGUCGGACAUCCAAGAACGCGCGCAGCACAUCAAACUCGUGCGUGCGCUUCUGCGGCGUCAGGCCGGCAUCGAGUACAGCGACGACGACAGCUCCACCAGCUCUGACUCAACCGACGUGUCACUCAACUACCACUUCGCCACCACAAUGGAAGCCACCGCGCGUGACGACCUGCUCAUCGCGUUUGCCACCUACGAGGACCACAAGGAUGAAGUCGCCCUCGUGGGGACCGCGCCGGAGAAGAAUACAGAGGAGGAGGCGGAGGAGCUGCAGGUGAACAUUCUAAUCAAAACGCUCGAGUACCUGGACAUGUCGAAUGAACGGGAAAAGCUGCGCUGUCGACGCAUCGCCCUGCACAGGGAGCAGGGCCGCGCCACCCCUGCUUCGUCCACCGACGCCGUGUAUGGCGGCAAGGACGACGACCCAAUAAACGCGAUGUAUCGAAAGCUGGCUGCGCGGUACGGCCCGCAGCACCCGUACGAGGAGGACGAUGACGACGAGGACAACGGCGGGGAGGAGGAAGGCGACAUGAACAGAAUCAGAGACCACGACUUCCCCAACGCAGCCAGCCGCCACGCGCGGCAGUUUCAGGCCAUGUUCGGCCCAUCCAUGAUGGGCAUGGAUCCCUCGAAUGGGGAGGACCGAAACACCGCCGACUCCGUCCUCGAUCGCAUCCUCGGGCAGGCGUCUGCCGCUGCGGCGAAGAACGGCGGACGCGGCGGCUUGAUGCUGUCGCACCACACGGCCACCGCGCACGGCAACGACGAGGACAUGAUGGAGGAGAAGUGGGAAGACGAGGAUGACGCGGAGGAGGCGGACUUUAUGGACUACCUGCAGCAGCCCGACGACGCAGCGCACUUUUACUCCCGCAAGGAGCUGCGUCAGGCCCGCCGUGAUCCUGACAACGAUGUGCGGAUUGUCGGUUCGCACGGCGCCGUCUUUGGCUUUCCGGACGACGAGGCAGAGGCGGAAGAGGAUUGGGAGGACGACGGCGAAGAUGGCGCGGACGAGGAGGUGGAGGAGGGCGAGGAGGACAUGAUGCCGGCCGAGCCGUGGAGCCGGCAGGACAAGAUCGACUUUGAGCGCGAGCUCUUUGGCCGCAUUCACCAGCUCGCCAACACGUACGCCCUCACCGCGGCUGCGGCGGAGCGGGAGGCGGACGACGAGGACGCACGGAAGCUUGCGGAGAGGGAGCAGCGGCGGCGACAGCAGCAGCAACAGCAGAAGUCGCGUGUCGUACCCACAAUGGUCGCUACUGGCGGAAAUCCCCAGUCGCUCCCGCCGGUGGCAGAGGGCGAUGAGGAGUGGGAGGAUGAGGGGGAGUGGGAGGAUGAGGACGAAGAUGAGGAGGCGUAG